GUCAGAACCGGUCGCUCAGUCAGAGGAGUGGAUGUAUGUGGGCAGAUGGAGCGGCAGGAGGUGUGAAGAUAAAUGCGCCCUUUCAUUUCCAGCAGAGACGCAGAGAGACACGGAUGAAGGCGCACAGGAAUGAAGAGCGAGAAAAGGUCAUGGAUAAUAAGUCAUUGGGUUAAGAAGGGCCAGCGCUUCUGCUCCAAGUUGGAGAAGAGUUUGCGUAAAGUUCGGUCUUCAAAGACGCGCUGCGGGGUCCGGAGGGAUUGACGCUCCCAGCCGCUGAGUGACAGCUGAAGGUGUUGCUCAUUACAGCUCAUUCAAUCCUAACUGGAAACUUCAGUUGGACAGCACAGGUGCACGCGCUCUGUUUUUCUAUAUUUUGAUCGCGCGAGGACUUGAAAUAUUACAGCAAACAAUAUUUUAUUUUUCUCAAUUAUUUAAACCUUUAAUAACUAGUCUGUAAAUGAACUCAAGCCACAUUUGUUCCGCUGAUAUUGAAAAACAGAGUGGAUUUUACUCCUGUCCUGAUGUGAAUAUGUUGUGGAUAAAAACUCUCUGCGUUUCCAGCUGGUCAGGACAGAAAACUUUGUAAAAACAGAAGAGGAAAGAGAAGUAGAAAAAAAAGGACUAAAGGGACUGCUUUCAUUCAGUUUUAUAAAUGGAGCUGCGCAAAUAUCUGUUGUGCCUGGAGUUUCUCCUACUCCUGAAAGGGUUUUGUCAAUGUUUCAACAUAGAUGUCAAACAUCCUCGUGUCUUCACCGGUCCCGAGGACACCCAGUUUGGCUUCUCUGUCCUUCAGCAUGAAGCAGAAGGAGAGAAACUGAUGCUUGUUGGUGCACCCUGGGAUGGGCCACCCAACAACAGGAAAGGAGAUGUGUACAAAUGUGUGGUAGGGGAGGAAAAAAACUCAAACUGUAGUAAAGUAAACCUUGGUGAAACUGCUCUGCGUAACGUUUCUAAAAACCUGAGGAAUUCUCAUCUUGGAAUGACCCUCACACCAGACUCACCUGAUGGAUUUUUGGCGUGUGCCCCUCUGUGGUCCCAGGAGUGUGGGACAUCAAUGUUCAGCACCGGCAUCUGCGCCUCUGUUGGUGAUGACCUGGAACCGAGAAAAACCAUCGCUCCAACUGAGCAAAAGUGUCAGACCUUCAUGGACAUUGUGAUUGUUGUGGACGGCUCAAACAGCAUCUACCCCUGGUCCGAGGUCCAGAACUUCCUCAGCAACAUCCUCAGCAAGUUCCACAUUAGCUUGGACCAGAUGCAGGUUGGUAUACUGCAGUAUGCAGAAAUAGUAGUCCAUGAGUGGUCUCUGAAGGACUACCAGACCACACAGGAGGUGGUGGACGCUGCCAAGAACAUCAGCCGACAAGAGGGACGGGAGACACGUACUGCAUCCGCCAUCAAAGUCGCCUGCACCGAGGCAUUCAGUGCUGAUCGUGGAGCGAGGGAGGGCGCCACUAAGGUGAUGAUUGUGGUCACAGAUGGGGAGUCGCAUGACGGGGACGAGCUUCCAGAAGCACUGGAUGAAUGUGAAAGCAGAAACAUCACCAGAUACGCCAUAGCUGUUCUGGGAUAUUACAUCCGUAAACAGCAGGACCCAGAGACUUUUAUUAAUGAGAUCAAAUACAUCGCCAGUGACCCGGACGAAAAGUACUUUUUUAAUGUGACUGAUGAAGCUGCACUGAAUGACAUUGUGGAUGCUCUCGGAGAUCGGAUCUUCACUCUGGAAGGUACCUUGGGCUACAACCAGAGCACGUUCCACAUGGAGAUGUCUCAGAUUGGCUUCUCCACGCACACACUGGAUGAUGGCAUUCUGUUUGGGAUUGUGGGUGCCUAUGACUGGGACGGAGGAGUGCUGAAGGAAGGGGCCAAUGGAGUGAUUGUGCCACCGAGAGAAGCCUUUGAAAGCGAAUUUCCAUUGGAGCUCAAAAAUCAUGCUGCCUAUUUAGGUUACACAGUGUCAUCUGUGGUCAUCGGUGACUGGAGGAGGCUGUACGUAGCAGGAGCCCCUCGAUUUAAACACAAAGGGAAAGUCAUUUUAUUUGAACUUCAUGAAGAUGGUUAUGUUGACAUCGUACAAGCGUUGAAUGGAGAACAGAUUGGAUCCUACUAUGGAAGUGAAGUGUGUGGGUUAGAUAUCGAUAAAGACGGCAUCACUGAUGUUCUCCUGGUUGCUGCUCCCAUGUAUCUCGGCUCUGGAAACAAGGAAGCUGGCAAAGUCUACAUCUACACCCUCAAUGGGGAGGGAAUAUUUAUAUCUAAUGGUACUCUGAAAUCAGAAGAGAAAUCCCAGGAUGCCAGGUUUGGUUAUGCAAUGGCUGCUGCUCCAGACCUAAACCAUGAUGGCUUUACUGACCUGGUGGUUGGAGCUCCGCUGGAGGACGAGCAUAGAGGGGCGAUUUAUGUCUACCAUGGGCACGAUAUUUACAUCCUCCAUGAUAAAAAACAGCAUAUAUUAGGGUCGUCCCUCUCCUCAUCUCUGCAAUAUUUUGGCCGUAGUGUGAGUGCACAGUUGGACCUGGACGGUGAUGACCUGAUAGAUUUAGCAGUGGGAGCUCAGGGCAAAGCUGUGCUGCUCAGCUCCCGAAGCAUCGUCCAGAUCAAUGUUAGUUUGUCCUUCCAGCCACACUCCAUCAAUGUCAUUCAGAAGACCUGUCAGAGGGGCGGCAGAGAGUCGGCCUGCCUCAACGCCACAGCUUGUUUCACGGCCAUUUCCCGCUCACCUGGAUCACUUAGCAAAAGUUUUGCUCUUUGGGUAACAGCCAUGCUGGAUGACAGGAAGUUUUCAGCGAGAGCUCUGUUUGAUGAGAGCUCCCACCGACAAACUCAGCUUUCACUACGAGUGCAAACAAGAAAAACUCGAUGUUACAAACUUCCUUUCCAUGUAUAUGAUACAGCAGAUUAUAUUCGUCCAAUCAGCUUCUUCCUAAAGUUUAAGAUCAAUGACACAGCAACGGGUCCAGUGUUGGACAAAGACUCACCGAGAAAUGUCACGAAAUUUAUCCCGUUUUUCAAAGACUGUGGUGAAGAUGACGUUUGCACAACAGAUCUGGUCUUGCAGGCACACAUGGACAUCUCAGGGACAAGGCAGAAACCUUAUGUGAUUCGCAGCCCUCGUAGGCGUCUGGCCGUGGAAGUGCAGCUCGAGAACAGGCUGGAAAAUGCCUACAACACCAGCCUGAAGCUGCACUACUCACGCAACCUCCACUUCUCUAGCCUCAGCUUCAAAGAGGAUACCAGCUUCAAGAUCGAGUGUACCGCUCUUGGCUCAAACAGCCACUCAUGUAACAUCAGCUACCCAGUGUUUCGCUCUCAUUCAAAGAUAAAAUUUUUGUUGGAGUUUGAGUUCAGCUGCACUGUUUUACAUAAUCGGGUGCAAAUGAAGCUCAAUGCUACCAGUGAAAGCAGUGAGAGAGAAGAAACUCUGGGGGACAACAGCGUUCAGCUGGUGAAUUAUGUUCAGUAUGAGCCAGAUGUUUUUGUAAGCAGUGAGUCUAACCUGAACCGCUAUGAGGUCCACCCCACACGGGCGGCUUCAGAGGCCAUGGGCCCAGAGUUCUACACACACAUCAGGCUGCUUAAUAUUGGUUGUUACUCUCUAAGUAAUCUGGAGCUGCGUGUGCUUCUGCCCUCUGUGGCUGCAGAAGAUGUGGUCUUCAUGACCGUAACGGAAGUCUUCACAUACAACGCCACAGGAAUAAAGUGCAGCAUGCUGAGUGAUGUGACCCAGCUAAAAUCCAGACAGAGAGACGUCCGUCCCCUUCACCCCGAGGACAUGAUGCGUGAUGAAAUACUGAACUGCAGUAGCUCAUGGUGCACAGAAGUUGUCUGUGAGGUGAAACAGCUCGGCCAGCAGGCUAUUAUACGGAUCAGCCGCAGAGUUCAUGAUGACUUUUUCAGAAAAGUCAAAUAUAAGUCUGUGAAGAUAAUUGGUGCCUACAGCCUGUCAGCUCAGGAUCCUAACCUCAUCACUCUGGGGAUAGGAACAGUCCCGGGGGAGACUGUGUUGGAGGUGCUGAAGGGCCGAGCGAUUCCCAUUUCACUCUGGAUUCUGAUCGGCAGCGUUAUAGGUGGUUUGCUGCUGCUAGCGCUUAUUAUAUUUAUACUGUGGAAGCUGGGAUUCUUCACACAUAAACACAGAGAAGAUGAAAACCAUGAAGACUGAGAGUUUUGA